AUGGCCAUUGACCUGUCCGAGUUUGACGCGGCGACGCGGGCACAGAUCCAAGCCGAGCUGGACGCGGGGUACGCCGAGAUCGAGGCCAAACACGCGGUGGUGACCUCUGCGAAUGUCGACCAUGUCGUGGUCGUGGACGGCCUCCCGGUCGUCGACUCGUCCAAGCGCGACCGACUGCUGCUGCAGUUCUCCAAGCUGCUGGCCAAGUUCGGUGCCGGCGUUGACGACUCGCGGAUCACGAUGCCGUGGGACGAGAAGCGGGGGACUAACAAGGGCGGUGCCGCGGCGUUCGUGUUCGUCGCCUACGCCGACGGCAAGGAGGCCGAACACGCCAUCCGCGUGCUCAACGGUGUCAAGUUUGGCUCGAAGAACACGCUCGCUGUGAACCACUUUGCUGAUAUCGAGCGGUACGCGCGCGCGCCGAUUGGCGAGAGCGACCUGCCGCCUGGGUGGAAGGACAAGGCGUUUGUGCCGCGGGAGUACACUCGCAACUGGCUGAGCGACAAGGACGGGCGUGACCAGUACCUCGCGUACCGGGACAAUGCCGUCGCGCUGUGGUGGCACGGGCGGGGCGGCAAGGCCGAGAGCGUCAAGAACGCGACAUCGGGCUUUCCCAUCGGCGACCCCAUCACGCUCAGAGGGCACAAGAGUGUCCACUGGUCGCCGGAGGGCACGCACCUCGUCUCAGUGCACGAGGGCGGCGUGGCGUUGUGGUCCGGCGCGCGCUUUGACGCGCGGCAGCUGUUCGCCCACCCGCACGUUGUGGCGUUUCGCUUCUCCCCGGGCGAGAAGUACCUCGUCACGUACUCGCACCUGCCGAUCAGCGUCGCCAACCACGAGAACGAGAGCGUCACUGCCACCUUUGGCGCCGAGGACGACGGCGCCGUCGCGGCCGUGUGGGACGUCAAGAGCUCGCGCCUGCUGCGCACCUUUGGCCCGGACGAGGAGAAGCGCGUGCCCGUGUUCAAGUGGAGCUUUGACGACGCGUUCAUCGCGCGGCUCGUCCCCGGCGCCAUCCAGGUGUACGAGCUGCCUGGUAUGGGCCUGCUUGAGAAGAAGAGCGUGCGCAUCGACGCCGUGCGCGACUUUGAGUGGUGUCCUGGGAAAGACACGUCGCUCGCCUACUGGACCGCCGAAGGGCCCAACACCCCGGCGCGUGUCGGCCUCAUGGCGAUGCCCAGUCGCAAGAUCCUGCGCACCAAGAACCUCAUCAACGUGACCGACGUCAAGUUCUACUUCCAGAACCAGGGCGACUACCUCUGUAUCAAGGUCGACCGUCACGCGCGCAAGGCCAAGCAGAAGCGCGCGACGUUCUGCAGCCUCGAAGUUUUCCGGCUCAGGGAGAAGAACUAUCCCGUCGAGAGCAUCGAGCACAAGGAGUAUGUGUCGUCCGUGGACUGGGAGCCGGCGGGCACGCGCUUCGUUAUCCGCUCGGCGCCGGAUGCUGCGGCUGCGGCCCACCCGCACGCCGCACCCAAGUUCAACGUGUCGUUCAUCGCGCCCGACCCCAAGAAGAACAUCUUCACGGCGUACAAGGUGCUCGAGGGCAAGACGACGUCGACGGUCUCGUGGGCGCCGCGUGAGCGGCACCUCGUCCUGGCGAGCUUGGGCGCCGGGGCAAAGUUCGACCUCGAGUUCUGGGAUGCAGACUACUCGGCGGACGACAAGGAGCGGACCGCUGCCCCGCGGCUGCUUGCAACGGCGGAGCACUAUGGCAUGACUGAGCUCGCGUGGGACCCGAGCGGACGAUACAUGGCGACGUCGGCGAGCGUGUGGGCGGCGAGUCCCGAGCCCGGCUUCAACAUCUGGGACUUUAGAGGCCAGCAGCUCCUCCACGCCUCGCAGGACAAGUUCAAGGCCUUCGCGUGGCGCCCUCGCCCGGCGUCGCUCCUCUCCUCCGCCGAGCGGGGAAGGAUCGCACGCAGCCUCAAGGCCUACUCGCAGGCGUUUGACGAGGAGGAUGCGGCCGAGGAGAACCGCGGGCGGGGCGAGAAGCUCGCCGAGCGCCAGCGUGCCGUCGUUGAGUGGGAUGCGUGGCGCCGCAAGAACAAUGCGCGGAUCAGUCUGGCUCGCCGUGCGCGGGGUAAGGAGAAGAGCGUGCGCGUCGUCAAGUUUGAGGAGGAGCGGAUCGACGAGUGGGUCGAGGAGCUCGUUGAUGAGGUCGAGGAGGUCGUGCUGCUGUGA